GCAUUCCGUCUUGGCUUCUCAGCAGUUCAGUAUCAGUAGGAUUUCUGGCUUUCGCCUUCUCUUCCACCGCUCUACCCCUGUUCGCACAUCAAUCAUGGCGAAGCGCUUUUCUUUCUUCUUCUUUGUCCUUGUAAUCCUCUUUCUCUUCAUCAAUCAGUUGUCUUCGUGUUCUUUUGUUCGAGCCGAAUCUCAUUUUGAAGGCUUCGAAGCCGAAGACGACGAGUUCGACGACCAAUCCAUCGAUCCUACCUCUCUCCGAUCACCCCCUUUGACGCAAUCGGAGCCCCAAACUACUAGACUCACCCCUCCAGAUCCCAAGACCACGGAAUCUGGCCCCGACCCGAAUUUGAACUUGGAUUCUCAAUCAUCGGCUUCGGAUCUUCCGAAGACAUCACCCACUACCACCGCCGUCGAAUUCUGGGAUGAAGAUGAAUUUGAAGGCUUGCCUGUUGAGCAACCCACCCCGGAAAUCCCCAAUACUUCUGAAGAUUCCAAACCUGCGGAUAAUAGUUCGGAUCCUAAGGCAUCUGCGAAAUCUGGGGAUGUUAAGGGUUCGCAUUCUUUUACGAUUGAGAUUGUUUGUGGGAGUUUUCUGAUUAUGUUUGCGAUUAAUUACUUUACUGGGAAGCGCGAGAACGAGAAUAUAGCUCUUGCCUGGGCUGCUCAGUUCGCGACGAAAGACUCGAUUUUUGAGAAGAAUUUUAGUCUUUUGGGUAUCGGCGGAGGCGGCGAUGAAGCACCGUUGUUACUGAAAGAGGGGCAAACGGCGUUCAAGUUCUACGCUAGCGGCAGAAGGUAUUGUCAGGGUUUGCUGGCUACGAUGGAGUUGAAGAGCAGGCAAGAUCUGAUAUCAAGUAUAUACAAUAUGAUUGUGCCUUCUAGGGAUGAGAUUACCUUUGAGGUGUAUAUGAAUGACGAAGCCAUGGAUCACGUUGUGUUUGCUAUGGCUAAGAAGAAGGCAGCGAAAGCUAUGCAGAAGGAUGUGAGGGAUUUGCAGAGGUUUGCGGCUCCUGUUUCACCUCCCAGUGGAAGGAAGUGGGUUGCUGAGGAGUUAGCUGUUAUUUCUGAGUCAAAGGAAGUUGCUGGUGAAUUGAUUACAGAGACUGUGCUUGAGCAGGUUUUUGGUGACAAAGCUUUUGAGAAAUUUGGAAAAGGUUUCAUAUCAAUGCAUUUCUCUGAUCAAUAUCCUGGCAUCCACAAGAAGGUAUUGGUGUUCAAGUUUGUGCUCCCAGAUGCUAAGAAUAUGGCUGACAUGACUCGGUUGGUGGCUCUAGUACCAUAUUAUAUUGAUUUGAUUGGGAGAUUAAAGCUAAGUUCUCAGGCCCGGUCUAAGACAGAGGCUGCUCGGCUUAAGGCUGCUCAAGAACUACAGAAAGAACUUCAGAAUGCCCGUCAAGAAGCCUUGCAGAGAAAGAAGGCAGAAAGGAGAAAGAUGAUGGAGGAAGUCGAGGCUAAGCUCAGUGCAGAGGCUAUUCGUAAGAAAGAAGCAAAAGACCGUGCUCGUCAGAUGAAGAAGUCAAUGCCCAGGAUAAAAAUGUCUCGUGCUGGCUAGAUUUUGAAUUUUUUUCUAGAGUUCUUGAUCGCUGAGGAAGGUUCUGAUCUACCCUUCAUGACACCGUCCUUCUGCUGUUUGCAUUAAUCCUUGAUUAGACAGGCAUGGUCAUGUCUCGGUGAGUUUCAUACAUAACCUAAAAUCCAAAAUCUAGAUCUGAGAAGUAUUAAUCUUUUAAUUGCUUCAGAGUUCAGAUGGUAUAUUUAUACUGCUUGUCCUAGCUCCUAUGUCGCUAUUGUAUUUUCUUAUCUCUGUCAGAAGGCAAAAUGCUGAAGUUUUACUUGAUUGCAACCUGUGUUUUAUGAUGCAUUGCCAAGUUUAAGGGUUGGACAUGAGGGAAAAGAACCUCAAAAUUUUUUUCCCUACCUAACGUUGACAUUUUUUUUCUCUAUGAUAUAAAUGAAACUUUUCAGACUUCUUAGUAGUUUCA